GUUCGAUCAAUUUGUGUCAGCAAAACCCACAACCGAAACUCGAUUAGGAACAUAAUUCCAUACGAUCCUGACAUCCUUCCUAUAAGCUCGAACCCCGAAAUCAACGACGUCUCGAGUUCGAGGAUCGAACACAACAACCUCUCCUCCGAAACACGAUCUCCCGACCUCCUUCUUCUUCCUCCUCCUCACAAACACACACUUCCAUCCCUUCCACAUCCCCAGACAACGAUACGGCAUGUAGUAAUCCUCGUC